AUAGCGUUUCGACUUCCACCUCUAGCGUGCUUCGUUUUCACCCACGUUUUGUUAUAAUUUAAUAAGUAUUACGGUCCGAGACCUAUUUUUUACGGCGCGCCCAGCAAAAGCAGGACCCCGAAGCCUAAUUUUAACCAAGGGAGCAGGCUAAUAACCGUUUCUCUGCAAAACUGUCGCAGUGCUGCGAGUUUGCGGACGUGUGUGUGUGGGUGAGCAUUGGAAUUCGCCAGUGUGAGUGCGAGUGUGUGAGACGGACCAAAAAAGCCGACAUCAGCGCCCAUUUUUUGUUGUUGAUUCAUUAAUACGACGCACACACUCUUGCACACACACACGUAAACACGGGCGUGAUGCGCCAGUGUUGGUGAGUUGGAGCAGCGCCCCGUCUCGCUCCUACACACUCCGCCAGUUCCAGCGGCGGCAGCAGCAGCAGAAGAAACAGUUGGCGCAGAAAGAGCUCAGGGAGCGGCGGCAGAAGAAGCAGCGCCAACGUCAUAAAAAUUUGUCAUCGCUUUUGGCGAAAAUAAAGUCAAACAACAAUUAUGAUCCUGCUGGAAAUCAAUAAUCGGAUUAUCGAGGAGACGCUCCUGGUCAAAUACCGCAAUGCCCAGGCCGGACUGAAGCCAGAGUCGAUUGACAUACGAAUAGCAGACUUUGAUGGUGUGCUCUAUCACCUUUCCAAUGUGAAUGGCGAUAAGACAAAAGUGCGGAUCAGCAUAUCGCUUAAGUUCUAUAAGCAAUUGCAAGAGCAUGGAGCCGACGAGUUGCUGAAGCGUGAAUAUGGCAGUCUACUCACAGACACGGAAGAAGGCUACAAUGUUUCUGUACUUAUCAACCUGGAGGAGAUUCCAGAGGACUGGGAGCAAAUCGCCAAGAGGAUUGGCCUGCUGAAGCGCAACUGCUUUGCCUCGGUCUUUGAGAAGUAUUUCGACUUUCAGGAGCAGGGUGAAGAGGGCCAGAAGCGGGCCGUAAUUAACUAUCGCAACGAUGAGACUUUAUAUGUGGAGUCCAAGCCCGAUCGUGUCACCGUUGUGUUUAGCACCAUUUUCCGCGAUGAGGACGAUGUGAUUAUCGGCAAAGUAUUCAUGCAGGAAUUGAGGGAAGGGCGACGUGCCUCUCACACAGCGCCACAAGUGCUCUUCUCGCACCGCGAACCGCCGCUGGAAUUGGCCAAUUCGGAUGCCAGAGUUGGUGACAAUAUUGGCUAUGUUACAUUUGUGCUUUUUCCUCGUCACACCAACAAAGAAACAAGGGACAAUACCAUCAACCUAAUACACAUGUUUCGAGAUUAUUUGCACUACCACAUUAAGUGUUCAAAGGCUUACAUUCAUUCUCGGAUGCGUGCAAAAACCUCGGAUUUCCUCAAGGUGCUAAACCGUGCCAGGCCCGAGCCUAAAAACACGGAAAAGAAAACUAUAACGGGGAGAACAUUCAAGCGCAUCGAAUGAUGCGUGCAGUAUAUUUAGUUGUUUUUAUAUAUAAAAUAUAAAAAAAGAAAUAAAAAUUGUGUAUUAAAAUGCGUGUAAACCGAAACGUAAAGUUUGGCAAACCAACUAGAACUAAACUAAAACUAAAUCAGAUAACAAGUGAAAGAAAGUAUUCCAAAACAACCGAACGUUUAAGGCUAAAAAUGUAAGCUCAGCAGCAACAUAAAAUGAACAAAGAAUUAAUAGUUAUGCGUUUAGUAAUUGAAUUGUGUGCAUGUUUUGUUACAGUCACUAGCCAGAGUCAUUAGCGUCACAGCAGAACAAUAUUAUUUUUUAAUCGAUAAAAUGAAACCCUAAACUUAAGUGCAACAUGAGAAUUAAAACUAAUAAAUCGACUAAAUGGGCUGCUACCAA